AUGGGCAAGAAAAUGGAAUACCGAUUGUUCAAAAAGUUACACUUUCACCAAUCAAUACUUUUAGAUAAUGUUGUUAAUGGGAACAUAAAUAAUGGUGGAAGCGGAACUUUUAUUCUUAAUGCGAAUUCACAGGCAAAAACUGAUGAUUAUAAAAGAAGUGACUCGAAUAUACCAGACCAUGAAUCACUUGAGGUCAAUUAUAUCUGGGAGGGACGUCAUGAAAUCGAAAGAAAUAUAGAAGAAAAUCAACACGCCAAGCUUUCAAGCGAGGACAAGGAGAUUGUUGCUACCAUCAGACGCGCUGUAAUUGCAUACCGAAAACUUGAGAGGAAUGGAAAGGAAGCUGAACUUGACAAUGCUUUUCAUGUUAACAAAGAAAUUCUUAGAAAAAUAGGAUCUCAAGAUGAACGUAUAAGAAAACGUCAGUUUGAUCUUCAUUAUGUUAAUCUUUCUUUCGACUUUUGUGGUGGAGAAAUUGCCUGCUGGGCUUCUUCCCGGCGCAGAAAUGAAGGACGCUCGAUAAUCCUCCGUGCACGCAUAGGUCAAAAUGCAACUUUUGAGAUACAUUGA